AUGCCAUAUAAAGGUAAACAAGUUGCUCAACCUAUUACUACAAAUCCUUUUAUGAUUGCAGCACAGACAAAACAACAAUAUAGAUAUAUAUUAAUGGAUAGUGAAGAUAAAAUAAAUACUACGAAUACUACAAGUUCUCUAAAUAAUAAUUAUGAAAAUUCUAAAUCUAAAUUACUACAUUUAUUAAGAAAAAAUCUUAAAUUUAACCAAACUUGGUUGAUUACAUAUUCCUGGUUAUCAGGAUGUAACAACUUUAAAGAACAAUUACUCAAAUGGCAUCUUGAUACUAAAGAUUACCAGAAAACUUUAAAAACACAAUUAGUAGUACAAUUAAACAUAGUUACUAGUUUUACAAAACAUUCUUAUACUAAUAAUCAUGCUAAAAGAGACUUUAUUGAAGCGAUUGGAAAAGUAAUUGAAGAAGAGAUUUGCUAUGAGAUUCCUAUUGUAUUCAAACAUAUUAUUUCUAAUAUUUCAGUAAACCAAUUUGUUGGAUUAAUUGAAUUAAAAGAUUAUAGCACCAAUAGAAUUAUAGAAGAAUUAAAUAAAUUUUUUAAAGUUAAAAAUCUUCCAAUUUUAACAUUAGGUCAUUUUGGUAGUGAUAGAGCAUCAGUUAUGCUAGAUGUUCCUAAUUUUAUACAACAAUUUGCAAUACGUUUAGGUCAAUAUACCAAAGAUCAAAAUCCCAAAG